GUGGAUGAAAAGGGUGGCGCGUUAUACCAAAGAGUGUGCUGCCUUUAUCAGCAAAAGUUGCCUGUUGCCACCAACCUUUGAAGAGCCCCCUAAACCUGUGGCACUGCCUACCUAUAAGUGGCUUUCAGUGGUGUACAGCCAAGAUAUACUUUACAGGCUGGAGGAUAUCAAGGCUAGUAUCACCUCCACUUAUGGAUCCAUCUUAAAACUUGAUUCCACCAGGAAGGUACAUCUUAAAAUUUUGUUGUAUAAUCAUAUAACUAUUUAAGGUGAAACUACUAUUGGUUGACCAUGUAAAUAUUUAAAAUUUGUUUUAGAUCACCAAGAAGCUCUCAGGACCGGCAAAAGGCACGGCACAGUGGCUCACUUCAGUUGGCAAUGAGAUGGGUCAAGUUCUCAUCAGUGUCUUGACUGCUGGGGAGGGACCAGGUUUGGACCUCAUGGCUGGCGGCUUGGUUGACAGGUAUAAAGCUGCAGGUGUGGACCCUCCUGUUGCACUCUAUGUGGACUGUGGCUGCUGCAAGGAAGUGGGUGGGACCAAAUUGAAGGCCAGAUUUAGUGAAUGGCCUAACUUGAUUGUUCGCCUUGACAUCUGGCACUUUAUGCGACGCCUGGCUGUGGGAUGCACCACUGACGCACACCAGCUGUACCCUACUUUCAUGGCUCGUACGUCGGCAUGUAUUUUUGAGUGGGAUGCUGCUGAUGUUAAUAAACUGAGAGAGGCAAAGAGGGCACAGCUUAAAGGGCAUGGCUGGACAGCUCUGACUGAGAAGCAACUAGAUCGGCAAAUUACGAAGGUAGAGUUGGAGCAGCACUGCAGGAGGAGGACGCGUGGAGAAGAGCAAACCAUCCAGCUGUUGGAUCAGCUCAUCGGUGAACUCAUCAGUGACAGGGGAAAGGAUUCGCUUGGUGUUCCUCUUCUGGACCCCAUCCGAAUGCAGCACAUCUGGUUUGUGCAGAAGAGGCAUGUGAAGUGCAUUCAGGACCCACCUGAUGUAGCGCUGUACACACAAACUGGCACCAUCAUUAAGGGAGGAUUCCAGCUGCAGACCCUGCGCUGUGCCAGAGGUUCAACAUCUUUGGAGUCUUUUCACUGCCACUUAAACCGGUUCAUUCCAGGAAACAGUGCCAACUCCCUUAACUUCCAGAUCUACCUUUUGGAAGGGCUACAUCGCUGGAACCACAACAGGGCAACUGCUGCUGUAGAGACAGAAACCUCUGGUUUGCGCAUCUACUCUGGCGAACUGGUUCAUAGUGUGAACACCGAUUAUGAGAGGGUUUUCGGCAAAAAGCUGGUUCCCUCUUUUACACCACCUGCAAAAUACACAGGUGAACUGAUAGGAGUGCAGUACCUGCUGAGGCAGAAUAAUGAACCACUGCAGGAUAUGGCACCAGAUUCUGAGGAGGCAGAUGCAUUGCUGGAGCAAAUAGAAGUACAACAGCCAGUAGAGGCCGAUGAGGGCUUUGAGGAACUUGAGAGUAUUGAGGUUUCACUUGCAGAUUUACUUCUGGACACAUCCAAUGUGAUCUCAGUGCUUCCUGACUACCAGCCUAUACCUCAGCCUGCUCCACCCACUGCUGAGUCCCCACACCUGCCUAAGCUCCAGCCUGCGUCCUCUGCUGUGGUCCAGUCCCCUCACCUGCCGGGGCUCCAGCCUGCGUCCUCUGCUGUGGUCCAGUCCCCUCACCUGCCGGGGCUCCAGCCUGCGUCCUCCGCUGUGGUCCAGUCCCCUCACCUGCCGGGGCUCCAGCCUGCGUCCUCUGCUGUGGUCCAGUCCCCUCACCUGCCGGGGCUCCAGCCUGCGUCCUCUGCUGUGGUCCAGUCCACUGUUUCGUCGGGGUUACCUGGGCAAACUACAUCUUCAGAGCAAGUUGCCGUGGAUGAACACAGUAGGGCAGGAAUGGAUCGUGUUGAUGUGCUCGCGGAGUACUUGGUGGAGCUACGAAAGGAAAAAGGCCUAACUCUUACCAACCAGCAGGCCAACACCAUUGUGGGUCUUUGGCAUAAAUUGGAGCAAAAUGAUAAAGACCGGAUUUUGUAUGCUGCACGACAUCAGGAACGACUGCUCACUGGUCAAUUUAGGUCACCCAAAAAGAAGGCUGUUUAUGCAGGAGUUGAAAGCACAAAAAGGUGUGUACUUGGUUCUUCUGGUUCUGCUGCUCAAUGGCCAGAUUGCAGCCGACUUAUUGAAAUGAUCUUUAUCAGGUUGUGCAACAUUCAUAGUAGCCCCAAAAAAAUUGGACACCAAACUUUUUCUAGGUGGUCACAAAUUCUAAAUGAUUACAAAAACAUUCGACAGCUAAUUUUGAACAAUGGCAUUAUUAUGAAAGACACAACCCUGCAACUUGUCACUGUAAACCAGACCACCUUAAUACAGUGGCAUAACAAAAGAUUUAAAGCACAAGAUGUUGCCAUUCUGAUGCAAGGGCUGGUACUGCCUCAGAAAUGGCCCAUUGCCAGUGAACCACUGCUCCCAGUAAAUGCUAGGCCCACUCAACUCACACCACACAAACAUGAACACACUUACAACCUGCCACCUGACACCACUGGCCAGGCAAAAACAAAACUCACUAUCAGAGACAGAGCUGAGCUGAAAACCAUUCAGCCAAAACCCCCUGCAUCUCAGCCAACAGUUUUUUAUAUGCCACUCCACAUGCCAUCUACCACUGCAGCAGGCAACAAUUUGCCACGGCUUCUGCUGCCACCCCCCACUACACCAAACAUCAUAUGCCCACCAUAUUCUAAAACAACACCUACAGGCCUUACCCAAACCCAAGAGACAACCCAAAAAGAAAAGCGCAAAUACACAAGGACAGUAACAUCCAACAGAUGCACUAAAUGCGGUGAGCCACGCACCACAGAAACUGGCCAUAGCCAAUACAAAGGCAGGAUUUACUGCCCAAACAGGGAGACACUGACCAAAGAGCAGUGGCUCAGAAGGAUGAGAAAAUAAGGGAGUACAAUUGGGUACUUUUUCACACUAAUUUUAUUGUGUGUGUGUGUAUAUAUGUUCAUUUAAAUAUAUGAUGUUAGUGUGUGUAUAUAUGUUCAUUUAAAUAUAUGAUGUUAG